GUGGGAAGUGUUGGUCAGUAUUCGCGACCAGUAUCUCACCGCGAAGAAAAGUUCGCGGAAAAUUUUCUCAGUUCUAUUCACUACUAAUUCACCCUCUCAUAUUUUUUUCAUAGUUUAAGACUUGCCUGACAAUUUCACCCUAACAGGGCUCAUGUAUUUUUGACAUAGUCUUUAAGUCUCAAAAUGACCGUUUUAUUUGUGAAUCUUUUCGCUGUUGCUAUUGUUACAACCUAUUUCGCGACGGUAACAUGCGCAGUAGCAGGAGCAGAUAAUUCUAAGACGGAGGACUGUGAUGAUACGGCCUUAUUUGAGCAAUCAAUGGCAACUCACCCAAAACAAUCGAAAUUGGGUACAGGAUCGGAACGGAAGUCUGACGAGAAACUUGAAUGGUGGCAGACAAGUGUUUUCUAUCAAAUCUACCCCAUGUCUUUCAAAGACGCGAACGGGGAUGGAAAAGGAGAUUUACAAGGGAUCGCAUCCAAGGCCGAUCACUUUGUAGACAUUGGCGUGGGAGCAGUAUGGUUGUCUCCGAUUUAUUCCUCUCCAAUGGCCGAUUUUGGGUACGACAUCUCAAACUAUACCGAGAUAAACGAAAUUUUUGGCAACCUGGAUGACUUGGUUCACCUCAGAGAAAAAUUGCAUGCCCGUGGAGUCAAGCUGAUUUUGGAUUUUGUGCCCAAUCAUUCAAGCAAUGAACACCCUUGGUUCCUCAAGUCUGUAAAGAAAAUUGACCCGUACACUAACUACUACGUAUGGAGGGAUCCAGUGAUUGACGCUAAUGGCAAGAAGAGCCCUCCAAACAACUGGUUGAGUAUUUUCAACAGUGGCUCUGCAUGGGAAUGGAACGAAGAGAGAGGACAAUACUACCUGCAUCAAUUUGCAGUUCAGCAACCUGAUUUGAACUACAAUAGUAAGGAGCUCGUGGAGGAAAUGAAGGAAGUUCUCAGAUUUUGGCUCAGUCAUGGCGUGGAUGGUUUUCGUAUGGAUGCAGUGCCUUACUUAUUUGAGGAUUCUUUGUUCCGUAAUGAGCCGUACGUCGACGAGAAUAUUAAAAACUCCAAAAUGUACGACUCUCUCAUUCACAUUUACUCCAUGGAUCGACCGAAGACUUACGAAAUGAUCGGCCAGUUCAGAAAAGUUCUAGACGAUUUCGCCAAGGAACAUAACACACCUCCAAAGGUUAUUUUGAGCGAGGCCUACACAUCUUUGAACUAUACAAUGAAAUACUACGGAGACGCUAAAAAUCCCGGAAGCCACAUGCCGUUCAACUUCUUGAUGAUCAACGAAUGUCAUAAAGAUUCGAGUGCCAACGAUUUCAAUGCCGCCAUUCACAACUGGAUGGACAAUAUGCCUGAUGAUCACUGGGCCAACUGGGUGAUGGGAAACCAUGAUCAACCUCGGAUUGCGACACGAUACGGACCUGAAUUAGUGGAUGCUAUUAAUAUGCUUGUGAUGCUACUUCCAGGAACGGCCAUUACCUAUAACGGCGAAGAAAUUGGCAUGUCAAAUGGUUACAUUCGAUGGGAUCAAACCAUUGAUCCUGCGGGGAUAAAUGUCGGACCGAAAGAAUACGAGAAGUACUCCCGUGAUGGAUGCAGGACCCCAUUUCAGUGGGACGAUUCAGUUAGUGCAGGAUUUUCUUCUAACAGCCGGACCUGGUUACCUGUCAACCCUAAUUCCUACUACUUGAAUUUAAAGAACCAAAAAGAGGAAAGUUACAGCCACUACCACAUUUACAAAAGGCUCACAGCUCUUCGUAAGACGAGGACAUUCCAGAGAGGGGCAUGGAAGACUUAUGUCCUCUCCAACUGGGUCUUAGCCAUUGAAAGGAUGAUGGACGGAGAGGACUCUUACGUUCUGGUCAUAAAUCUUGGAAGUGAAUAUGAAUCAAUAAAACUUUCCGACCAAAUUAAGUCCUUACCAGACAUGAUGAGAGUUCAUACAGCCAGUGUCAACUCCGCGAUUAAAAAUGGCGAAAGCGUGACCACGGCUAGUUCCGGCUUUUUGAUGCGGCCAAAAUCAGCUCUAGUUCUGACGACAUCCAAGGAGGACCCACCGAACCCCGCCCCGGCCAGCAGUUCCGUUUCCUUGAAGACAAGUCUAUUUGUCCUCGUUUUUGGAAUCCUCUUCGCAAUAUUGAGUGUCAAAGCCAUUUGUUACUGUCGAACAUCUAAAUCCAGCACUGUCAUAACUGACUUGAAAUCGGGGCAAUGAUAUGUAUCCUUUUUUAAUGAAACAUCCUGAAUUUAUUAAAACUCCUCUUUAAAUUAACGAAAAAUAGACUUGGGCACAGAGACAACCUGCGAAUACGGUAAAAACCUCCUGUAGCUCUUAUCAAUAUAAGACCAAAUGCCCACUUUUCGUAGUUGUGUAGUUACGAAUAGCAGAAUUGAGUUUUUCCCCCUCGUGCUCAGCCCAUUUCAUGUUUCAAGCAUGGCGUUGAUAUUGUGCAUAGAGCAUAAUUUCGUACAAAAUAAAAAGACACAUAAUCUGUAACAAAAUAUUUAUUGAGAGCGUAGUAAUAUAGUUUGGGAUUUCACUUACAAAUGGUAGUUACCCUAUUUGCCAUUGAAAGUCCUAAGCUCAGCACCAGACCAGAAAGAGAACUAAAAUGUGAAUGAAACGUUUUCGAUCAUCAUCAUUUUAAAGAACUUUCUAAUUCUGUUGUAUUUUGAAAUUAACUAGUGAUUAGAUUCGAUUAUUCGUACACAGUACGAAAGUAUUAAACAUUGCUUUAACGCAAACAAUUUAAAAGAGAA